CUGGGGUUCGAAGCUUUUUCGCAGCUUAGGAGCUUGACUGGAGGUAAAUUGUUUUCAGCGUAGUUAGAGUCUUGUGAAUUCUCAUCGCGCAAAGAUGGUGUUCUUGUGCUGGUCGCGGCCGUCUCCGCAGGAACAGCAGGAUUGCCUCCGGAUGUGCAGUAGCUUCAAUUACGAUUCCAAGUUCAGGGGAGCCACUGCUAAGCCGCUGAAAUCCCUCAAAGAAGACGGCGAACUCGCCAAGGAUGGUUUCUCUCUUAACCAUGCGAGGGUUUUAGUUGGCUCUGGUUCAGAAGCUUACGAAAAGGCCAAGUCGGCUCUUCAGACAUGGAGACAUUUUGGGUUCAAUUGGGCGUUCGUGGAUCACAAAACCCCAGUUCAGAGUGGGGUAAAGUUCUGCGUUUGUGUGAAGGAGUUUGUGCCGUGGUUGAUGAUGCCGCUUCAGGUGGUGUAUGUGAACGAUGCAGGGAAUCCUAAGAAGGCCACUGCCUCGUAUGGUUUCGGCAGUGGCACGCUCCGGGGUCACUUACUGGCUGGGGAAGAGCGUUUCUCCAUUGAAAUGGACGAGAACAAGCAAGUUUGGUACGAGAUUCUGUCUUUGUCGAAACCAGCCCACUUCCUGUCUUUUGUAGGGUACCCAUAUGUUCAACUAAGGCAGAAGUUUUUCGCUCAUCAGUCUACCAAUGCACUUCUGAAACACAUCACCACUUCUGCAUAGUUUGCUUAUUUGUUGACAAGGCAAACCAACUAUAUAUGCUUGGGAAUGAAGUAGACCACUCGAUUGCAUUGUGUAUUCCUUGUUACAAGCCUGUACAAAUCUAUAUAAGUUGAAUGAUCACUUAUUGAUGGAAUCUGUUUUCUCUCUUAAUUGCAAUGCAUGAACUGCUGCUAUUUUUAUAUACAUGUUAAAUUGACACAAAGAGCAAGCAAAAUAGAUACUAUCAUAUCACAUGCUUCCCAUAAGAUAAGAUAAACUGAAAAGUUGUGGGAAGAAAUUAAAAUAGGGAUGAUGGUGGCUGAAUGGAGAAAGUGUUGGUGGAAUGGGGAAUCAAUGAGUAGGUAUUGUCUGUUGCAAAACGAUCACCGCCGAGUCCCUUAGUAAAAUGCCAGCUACUUGAUAACGGAUCGGUGGUAUUUUGCUUGGGAGAAUGUUAUGGAGAUCGCACGUUGACAAACAAAAUAACAAUCAAUCUCACUGUGAUGCAAACCAAAUCCGACUCGUCAUUAUCACAGUCACGCAAUUGGGAUUCAAUGAGAAGAACUCGAUUGAAUUAUGUAAAUUAAAAUCUAAAACGGACCAAAGGUGCAAUUUCACACAAGAGAAGAGGCUCGAUUGGAUUAUGCCCGAAGCUUAACCACGAUUGAUGUGGUUUUCAAUCGAUACGAAGCACAAACAAUGUUGGAACACGACCAACAACAAAAGGAUCUGGUGACAAUGUCACGUUUUCAUUAACUCUAAAAAAGGUUAAUAGUAUUUUAUGUCCCUCUAUUAUUGCAAAUUAACAACUGUACCCUUAUACUACUAUUUUGCACAAACAUGCCCCUCUGUUAUUCCAAAGUAACAAAUAUUACCCUUCCAUCUCUAUUUUCGUCAGUUGACCGUUAAAAGAUUUGUUUUUACUAUAGUAGCCUUUAUUGUCAAUUAUUGUACAGCAAAACCAACAAUUAAUUAAUUUUAUUAUUAUUCCCUUCCUUCCCCUUAUGAAUUCCCAUUCCCAUCGAGGAAUAGCCCUGCAACCACCCGUCGGCGACACUUGGGGGAAUGAGGUUGAGCCUGAGGCCGCUCUCACCUCCUAGCUAUCGCAGUCGGAAACACCAAACAAUCGCGGAUGAGUUGCAUCUCGCUCCCCCUCUACUUAUGUCGCCUCUCUUGUGGCGACCUUCACGUGACGUCAACAAAACACGUCAACAAAACCCAACCUCCUCCACCGUUUCUCGAUCCAAACCCUAAAACAGCAAUCGCUCGACCGAUAACAUAGACACAAUAAUCCGCCGACCAAUUCAACUCCUCUUUCUAACUUUUCGUUUUAGAUAUGGUAUCAAAACCUCACGAUAUCAUCCACCUCCUCUUACCAUUCAAUCGAAACUCUCCAUGCCGGUCAUUUCUCCAAAUAUGCUUCAUUCUCCAAAAUCAGAAGAACCUCCCUCAAUUUUGAAUUGCUCGACUAAAUCCGCCCCGCAGCUGAUUCGUCGACGAUGGAUCCUUCUCCAAAAUCAAAAGAACCUCUCACAAUUUCAACAACUUAUUUAGAUGUGGUUUAGAGUUUCCAACAGGGGUAGCUGUGACGUGAGAGUCGCCAAAAUCCUAAUAUAGUAUUUUAUGCUCC